AUGGGGGUUUCUCUCAGCCGUCGAGGAGUGGAAGCCCGUGCGUCUUUGGCCACAAGCAGACUCUCCCAGAAACAAACCAACGGUCUAUCUGUCCUUGGAGCCUUGGCUGCCCCAAUGCUCCCUGCUUUCCUUACGAAUAAUCCAACGCCCAACGGAUAUCCAUGGAGUACCCUUAAUAACACCACCAAUUACUACGAUACAAGUCCCAAUACAGGUGUCAUUCGAUACUACAACUUUACAGUUAGCCGUGGCGUCAUUGCUCCGGAUGGAUAUCAGCGCGAUGUUCUACUGAUCAAUGAAGCUUUCCCCGGCCCAUUGAUCGAGGCUAAUUGGGGCGACACCAUUCAAGUAACUCUAAACAACAACAUCACCGGCCCGGAAGAGGGCACAGCGCUUCACUGGCACGGAUUUCUUCAAAAGGGGACUCCUUGGGAAGACGGGGUGCCUUCUGUGACGCAGUGCCCCGUGCCUCCGGGGAAGAGCUUCACAUAUCAGUUUGCGGCUUCUCUGUAUGGCAGUUCUUGGUACCAUUCGCAUUAUUCCUCGCAGUAUGCUGGUGGUCUUUUAGGCCCUAUUGUGAUCCACGGACCGAAAUCGCAAGACUACGAUAUCGAUCUUGGUCCCGUAAUGCUGUCUGACUGGUAUCAUGAACAAUAUUUUGAUCUGGUUGAGAAGACUAUGAGUCCUGUGCAGGCGUUGACUAGAUUCAACUCUGACAAUAAUUUGAUCAAUGGCAAGGGAGAUUUUGACUGCUCCCAGGCUACGGAUGGUACGCCGUGUACCAACAACGCUGGUAUUUCGAAAUUCAGGUUUGAACGCGGCAAGACUCACCUCCUUCGACUUAUGAACACCGGGGCGGAGGGUCUGCAGCGCUUCUCCAUCGAUGGGCAUAACAUGACGGUCAUUGCCAACGACUUUGUGGAUAUCCAGCCCUACGUGACAAAAGUCGUUACGCUUGGUAUUGGUCAACGAAGUGAUGUCCUUGUCAAAGCAGACGGUGAUUUGGACGCCUACUGGAUGCGCAGCAACAUCAGCGCAUGCUCUAAUGCCAACCAACCAUAUGCCCUGGCAGCCAUCUACUACGAUGACGCAGAUACCGAGACAGCCCCCGAGUCCACACCUUGGGAUGUUCCCGAUCCGCUGACUUGUGUGAAUGAUGACUUCUCAGUCACAGAGCCCGUCAUGGAGCUUACCCUUCCGGAACCAGAUUUGGAGCUCGACAUGGAGCUGACGAUCUUCCAAAACGCUCCGACAUUGCUGCUGAGCAAUCUGGGUAACUACAGUUUCGAACCCGAGUGGUCCGUCAGAAACGUGAGCACGGCAAAGAGCGUCAGAGUGAACCUCUUUAACAAUUCCCCCGCUCCACACCCUAUGCAUCUUCACGGCUUUAACAUGUAUCUCCUACACGAAGGACCCGGCCAGUGGGACAACAAAACAAUCAUCAGGCCAUCCAACCCGCAACGCCGCGACGUCUUUCUGAUUCGCAGGGGCGGACACGUCGUGUUUCAAUUUGACGCGGCGAGUAAUCCGGGCGUGUGGCCGUUUCACUGCCAUAUUGCCUGGCAUGCCACGGCCGGGCUGUUUACGCAUUUCCUUGCGGAUCCGGAGGCAGUGAGAGGAUUGAAGAUUCCGAAUGUAGUGGCGGAGACUUGUAGACAGUGGGGGACUUGGACGGAUACGAAUAUUCCUGAACAGAUUGAUAGUGGGCUGUGA